AUGGACCUGGGCAUACACAUCGACAACAAAUUGACAUUCAGSAAACACAUCGACAAGAUCUUACAUCAGGCUUUCAAAGUUCUUGGUUUUAUAACUCGGACAAGUAAAGGCUUUAAGAAUCCUAACUCCAUUCUGCGUAUUUUUUCCUCGCGGGACCUCCCAGUCCUGGAUUAUGGUAGUGUAAUUUGGUCACCUUUCACUGUCGUGGCAAUCAACCAUGUUGAAAGAGUUCAGGCGAAACUAUGUAAACAUCUAGGCUACCGGUACAGCCACGAUGUUUCUGGUGGUCUCAACUCAACUGAAGAUAUCUAUGAACGCUUCAAAAUUAACAAGUUACAUGCUCGUCGUCAGGAAACUGACCUAAUGUUCUACUUUAAGGUCGUGAAUGGAUUAAUUGAUGAUCCGGAUAUCCCCAGCUGUUUCGAGUUGGCACCGACGGGUAUCUUUUUAAGAUGCAACUGCCUGCUAAAAACUAUAAAAACUUCAAAAGACUACAUGCUCAACGGCCCACACAAUCGCAUCGCGUUGCUUGUCAACUCGCUGCAUACUGAAGUGGAUUUCUACAACGGCUCACUCAACGCAUUCAUCCCUGACAUAAAACGACGUCUAUUCAAAUGUCCCUAG